GGGAUCAGAGUGCCUGGCUGUCCCCUGCUCAGCCCUGAAUAGCAGCAGGCAGGAAGAAGGGCACCUAGGGUGCUCUGAGAACUGGGAGGUGGCAACACUGCCUGGGACUCACCUUCAGUUGAGAGUGCAGAGGAGGACCCAGACCCAUCCAGAGAGUCAGGUGCUUCAGGAACUGGGAGGUCACAGUGAUCCCUGAGACUCACCUUCUGGUGACAGCACAGAGGAGGCCCAGGACCCAUCAAAAGAGGCAGGUCUCAGAGUGACAUCAGCCACCUGCACUGGAAUUGUGCUCCCUGCCCCCGUCCUGAUGUUCCAGUUGAGCCAGUGUGUCCUCUGCAAGCUGGAAGAAGACUUUGAGAUGUUCAGGGAGGCCCAGGGCCCCCAGGGGUGGCAGCCCCCCUUGGAUGAGCAUCAGGAGGCAGAGCACCUCUCCUCCUCCUCUGCCUCCUCAUCUCUCCCACAGUCUGUCCUGGUGCCUGAGGCCCCUGAGUAUGAGGCAGGAGGAGUCCCUCCCGAUGGCAUGGAGGAGAGUGCCAUGUUAGUUCAGGGUACAGAGCCCAGCUCAGGCAUCCCAGGGGAGCAGGGUGCAGGUGGGGUCUCCCUUGGGGCCAUGGAGGGUGCUGUGUCAGCCCAGGGUGCAGAGUCCAGCACUCGCAGCCUAGGAGAACAGGGGGUGGCACCCCCACAGGAGGAGGCAGCAGCCCAGGCCCCCCUCGAGGAGGUGCCCAGCAGGCUGGUGGCCACCGUGGUGGCCUUCUUGCUCCAGAAGUACCGCUCCAGGGAGCCCACCACUAAGGCCGAGAUCCUGAGCAGGCUCUUCCCUGGGCAGCAGCAGCUCUUCCCCACUGUCUUUGCCAAAGCCUGUGAGUGCAUGCAGGUGGUCUUCGGCAUUGAGGUGCGGGAGGCCGACCCCCAGGCCCAGAGCUAUGACCUGGCCAUCGCCCUGGGGCUCAGCUACGAUGGCAUGCUGGGGCCCGAGCAGAGCGUGCCCAAGACUGGGCUGCUGCUCAUGGUCCUCGGGCUCAUCCUCCUGCAUGGCGACUGUGCCCCCGAGGAGGCUGUCUGGGAAGCACUGGCGAUGAUGGGCAUCUAUGCCUGUGGGGAUCACUUCCUCUUUGGGGACCCCUGGGAGCUCCUCACCCAGGAGUGGGUGCUUGAGCAGUACUUGGUGUACCAGCAUGUGCCGGGCUCUUGGCCUGCACACUACCACUUCCACUGGGGCCCCCGUGCCCACCACGAAGUCUGCAAACUCAGACUCCUGCUCUGGCUCAAGGUCAGCAGCACUGAGCCCACGUCCUUCCUCUACCCCUAUCAGAGCUAUAGCGAGGAGGAGUAGGCUCCCAGCCAGCGUGCAGGUCCAGCCCAGGGCGGCCACCACAGGGCCACCAAUGGGGUCACAGUGUCUUUAGUUGUCUUAGUCCCAGGGCACUGAGUGUGGGGGCAGUAUUCCUCUAGGUGUUUUCAGAGGUUCCUUUUAUUUAGAAAAUGUGGUUUCUUUAUUUUUGAUUCAGAGUGUGUGUGCUAAGCCUCAUCACACAGUUACAUUCACCCAGUUCUAGAUGAAGAUGCUGUUUUGUAAAGCACAUUGUAAAAACCACCAUAUUGAUUUGUGAUUUAGAGCUGGAUUGUUGACACUGGAUUGGAUAUUGCCUGGCAGUGUUGAAAAAAAGUUGCUGUAAAUACAGUCAACACAUGGAGAUGUAAGAUAAAGCAGGGAAUUCAGUCCCUGCUGUUGUUUUCUUGUAUUUCAAAAAAUAAAAUAA